GUGGAGCCCGCUGGAGGGGAAAGUGCGUAAUUGUUUAGCCUCUGCAGCUCCACCAAACUUCACUACCAGCUGCUUGCUCACCUUUCCUUUUCUUCUUUUCUUCAUCUUCUUCCUCCCCUGCUCUGGUCACUUGUUUGGUGGGGACGAGCUCGCAUUGCCUCCUCUUGCCGCCGUGCUUCGAGGGGCCAUGUCGACAAUGAAGGGCGUCGACGGCGAGUUCCUCGGCGUCGGCGACAAGGCAGGGCUGGAUAUCUGGUGUAUUAUGGGCACCAAUGUAGUCCCAAUUGCAAAAUCCUUGCAUGGCAAGUUCUACACUGGGAACUGCUAUAUCAUACUCCAUACAGCUGAAGUCAAGAGCGGAACUCGAAGGCAUAAUGUGCAUUACUGGAUAGGGGAGGAGGCCAAAGAGGAAGAUUGUUUGAUGGCCUCUGACAAGGCCAUUGAGUUGGAUGCGGCGCUGGGCUCUCACGCGAUCCAGUGCAGGGAAACACAGGGCGAAGAAUCCGACAAGUUCUUGUCAUACUUCAAACCAUGCAUCAUCCCUGUACAAGGUAGCUUCUCUUCGCACUGGAGAAGAUCUGGGGAUGAAUGCGACGGGACCACGAUGUUUCGGUGCGAAGGAGAGCAUGUAGCUCGUCUAAGAGAAGUUCCAUUUUCGCGGUCCUCUCUGGAUCAUAAGGCGGCAUUUAUAGUGGACACACCAUCCAAGAUUUUCCUUUUCAGCGGUUGUAAUUCUUGCAUACAAACAAGGGCUAUGGCACUAGAUGUCAUAAAGCAUCUGAGAGAAAACCGACACUGCGGCAGAUGUGAGAUCGGGAUAAUAGAGGAUGGAAAGCUUGCUAGUGAUUCAGAUGCUGGUGAGUUUUGGAACCUCUUUGGAGGCUAUGCGCCUAUUCCUCGUGAUGUACCAGACGCAGCCAAUGGGGGACCGAUGACUACCUCACCCAAGAAACUUUUUUGGAUUAACAAGAGAAUCCUUGUUCCCAUGGAGACACACGUUUUAGAAAGAGAAAUGCUGAAGUCCGACAGAAGUUACAUACUGGACUGUGGAACUGAAAUAUUCUUGUGGAUAGGGAUGACAACACUAGUUUCAGAGAAGAAGACAUCUGCUACCGCAUUAGAGGAGUACGUACACUUACAAGGCAGAUCAUCAAUUGGCCGCACUGUUAUAAUGACUGAAGGUCAUGAAAUUGUCGAUUUUAAGCUGCAUUUUCAGCAUUGGCCUAAGAAUGUUGUGCAGAAGUUGUACGAGGCAGGGCGGCAGAAAGUGGCAGCAAUUUUCAAGCAUCAGGGAUAUGAUGUUGCAGAAAUUCCAGAUGAUAAACCUCGGCAGCUCAUCAGUAGUAAUGGUUGUCUGAAGGUUUGGCUGGUGGACCGUGGUUGUGUAACACUCCUUUGCACCGAGGAGCAGGAGCAACUUUACAACGGAGAUUGCUAUAUCAUACAGUACAGCUACGCUGAAGAUGGAAAAGAUUAUCAUCUGUUCCUUGCUUGGUUUGGACAAGAUAGUGUACAGGAAGAUAGAGUUGCCACAGUUUCAUUGAUGUCAAGCAUGGCUGAUUCAGUCAAAGGACGUGCAGUUGUGGGGCAAGUGCUUGAGGGCAGAGAACCAGAGUUGUUUUUCCUAGUAUUCAAGUCAUUGAUCAUAUUCAAGGGUGGCAGGAGUACUGCAUAUAAGAACUCUAUUCUGCAGAAAAGCAAUAGAACUGAACAGUACCAGAAAGAUGGGGCUGCAUUAUUCCGGGUUCAAGGGCUGAGACCUGAUUGCAUACAAGCCAUUCAGGUUCAUCUGGCCGCAAGUUCGCUUAAUUCGUCACACUGUUACAUUUUGCAAGACGGCGCUUCUUUCUUUACGUGGCUAGGAAGUCUUUCUUCACCCAGUGACCAUGUUCUACUUGAUAGAAUGAUGGAUAAGUUGUGUCCACUGAAGCAAUCAUUGUUAGUAAGAGAAGGUUCUGAACCUGACCGUUUCUGGACAACAUUAGGAGGAAGAUCAGAAUACUCCAAAGAAAAGUGUGUCAAGGGUUGGCCAACAGAUCCACAUCUGUAUACGUGUACUUUUCAACAAUGUCUGUUCAAGGCAAAGGAGGUAUUCAGCUUCUCGCAGGAUGAUCUGGCAACUGAGGAGACGUUGAUACUGGACUGCGGCGAAGAAAUCUUCGUCUGGGUUGGACUUCACUCAGGUGUCACGUCCAAGGAGCACGCCCUCGACUUCGGCAAGAUGUUCCUUCAGGCAGGCAUUGCUCGGGAUGGACCACGGUCGAUCAAUGACACAACCGUGUAUGCUGUCGCGGAAGGGGAUGAACCUGCAUUUUUCACCAGCUUCUUCAACUGGGAUAGCUCAAAACAAGCUGCAGCUAUGCUGGGCAACUCAUUUGAGAGGAAGCUGGCAAUGCUGAAAGGGCUUUCACCAAAAAUGGAGACACCGGACAGGAGCUUGCGCAAGUCUUCGUCGCGAAGACAGGAGAUAUCGUCAGAGCCAACAACACCGGAGCAGCAGCAGCAGCAGCCGGCGGCGGCGAGGAGGACGUUUGGGUCUGCCUCUGCCGGGAGGACCGCUAGGGAGAGACUGCCGCCACCUUCAUCCGCAGCGUCGGCGUCGCCGGCAACACCAUCCUGGUCUCUCAAGAGCCGCGCGUCGUCGUCGCCGUCGACGCCAGCAACGGCGCGGCGGCUCUUCCCUUCCUCCUCGCUGCACGCGCCGGGGACAGCGGCCGCACAUCUCCCCUCCCCUACGGCCAUAGGGAGUCCUGGUCGACGACGGUGAGCAGAGCUCCCUGGUGCACACCGGAGGAGGAUAGGUGAAACCUGUACCUGUACCGUAACAUACGCCCGAUAUUUGCUUGCCCUAGGGGAUGAACUGCAGUCAAAGUCCUCCAUCAGAGAACGUGAUUUCGCCUCGUCCUAGGCUAAUCAGAACGAAAAUGUCAUAAAACUAGUACUCCCUCCGUUCGUUUUUAUAAGAUGUUUUGGACAGCCAGCUUUGAACUAUUUUGGGCAUUGUCCGAAUGUUCUAAAACGUCUUAUAAAAA